ACACAGAGAAUCCCGUUUCUGAACCAAAAUCGAAACCAUGCCGAGGCGCAGUGAUGAAAACGAGGACAAGGAAGAUCCAGUAGCCAUUAGAGAUGGCUCGGAUGAAGACGAAGACGAAGCUAACGAAGAUCUUAGCUUAAAGAUAUUGGAGAAAGCGUUAUCGAGGCGUGAGUUAGAUGAUUCAAAAGACACAAGUUUGUCGGAUCUAGGCGGUUCUGGUGUAGUAAGUACUUUGAUGAUGGUGAAUGGACGAGAUUCAAAGAGUCAUAAGAAGAAGACGAAGAGAACCAUUCUAGAAGAUGCCCACGAAAUUCCCAUUGUCUUGAAAGACCAAGAUGAAAAUAUACCAAAAGGGGAAGAUGAGAAAUCUGCUGAGCCAACAUCUAGCAAUAUGGUUUUGAAAAAGCUUCUUCGUGGAGCGAGGUAUUUUGACCCUCCUGAUGCUGGUUGGGAGACUUGCUAUAGUUGUGGGGAGCCUGGUCACGUUACUAUUAAUUGUCCAACUCCAAUAAAGCGUAAGAAGCCUUGCUUUAUUUGCGGCAGUUUGGAACACGGUGCAAAGCAGUGUACAAAGGGACACGAUUGUUAUAUUUGCAAAAAAGGUGGCCACCGAGCGAAAGAUUGUCCAGAUAAGUACAAAAGCGGAUCUAAAUCAGCUGUUUGCCUAAGAUGUGGAGACUUUGGACAUGACAUGAUAUUGUGCAAGUAUGAGUACUCGAGAGAUGAUUUGAAGGAUAUACAGUGCUAUGUCUGUAAAAGCUUUGGCCAUCUGUGCUGUGUUGAACCUGGCAACUCACCGUCAUGGGCUGUGUCAUGCUACAGAUGUGGUCAACUGGGUCACAUUGGAUUGGCAUGUGGUAGAUACCAUGAGGAAAGCGCAGAAAAAGAUUCUGCCAGCUCAUGCUUUAGGUGUGGGGAAGAAGGGCAUUUCUCACGUGAGUGCCCGAACUCGUCGAGCAUAAGCACUUCACAUGGAAGAGACUCGCCGAGUUUGUGCUACAGAUGUAAUGGAGCAGGACAUUUUGCUCGUGAAUGUCCGAAUUCCUUCCAGGUUUCUAAGAGGAACCGUGAGACAUCUACACCAUCGAGCAAAUCUCACAAGAAAUUCAAAGAAACUCUGGAAUACAAAAACUCAGAACACGAUUCUACUCCCCAUGAAUCCAAUGGGAAGAAGAAGAAGAAGAGUAAAGAAAACUCGCAACAUUAUUCUACUCCCCAUGAUUCUAACGGGAAGUUGAAGAGUAAGAAGAAAACACAUAAAGGAGAACAGGCCCAUUCUUCACCACAGAAAUCAAAACAGAGAGGAGGUUGGAUCACAGAGGAUCCUGAGGAAGAUUCUUUCCAAAGAGGAAAGAUGAGGAGACUGAGGUCUCCUGUUACACCAUCGGGUCAUAACCACCAUAAGCAAAGGUCACCAACAUUCCAUUCCGGUGGGAAUUUUCCGACCACACCAUAUGGUAGAAACUCAUCAUUCGAGUCUAGUGGGCGUGUCUCGAGUCAUCCACCUUCAAGGUGGCAGCCAAAUUAUUCUUCUUCCCGUCAUCAUCAGCAUAAUCAAAGAUAUGCACCUGCACCCUCAAGGUAUGGUUCGGCCCACCACUAUGACGAGUUUCAAGGGGACUAUGGUCGUUGGUAGUGUCAAUAGAUCUGGUCAGCGACGAUCUAGCUCGAAAUCAGUUAUGCUUGAUGGUCUUUGUUGGGGAUCACAGGUUAGCUUAGUUUCCAUAGGCGUCUAGUAUUUGUAUCAAGUUUUGGGGUCAGCAUUAUCUUUUGUUCUCCUCACCAACACAAUUUGUUUAGUCAGUCCUCCUUUCCUUUCCCCAUGUCAACACAUCAGAUUUUUCUUUGUUUUAUCUGUAUUUUUUUUUUGUUUAAUUUCAAAUCUGGGGAUUUAUUUUUUAUUUUUUUUUGUUAUCGGUCAUGAUUUCAUU